AUGACGGGGCUGAUUUGGAGAUCGUUUCGCUUUUCAAGAAUAACGGACUGCUCGGUCGACGCACAAAACGAUUCGUCGAACCUUGGAUUGACAGGACAGCACUUUGACCAGCCUUCAGAAGUCCAUAAUCGACCAGAAGAAGGAGAUAGUGGUGCACAACUCAUCGCAGGAGAGUAUGUGUGGGAGUAUGCAUCAUUUUCAGGGGAGCAGAACUCUCCGACAACUGCAGAGGGACAGUCUCAGACCGUCACUGACAUUAUGGAGCGUCUUUCGCGGCUGGAAGAGUCGGUAUCUUGCAGGGAAGAGAGCGGAACAUUUUGCCAUCAAAACAGCUACAAAGAUGAUUGUGAUAAUGGCAAGCUUGUUCAUGAUCAGAGAUCCAGCGACGUUGUUGGCUCACACAAUAACAGUCCCGGGUUGUCAAGCUCGUUUUCAAUACCAGGGUCUAUGGACGUCGAAAAAGGAAGCAAUUUACUCCCUUCCCAAAAAAGUCGACCAACGUUCAACGGAGGGGCCACAAGCUCCUAUCAUGUCAUUGCAGUCCUGGAUGAUCAUCUGCGUGAAACCAGAGUGCAUGCAGAUAUAGAACCAGCAGCAUUUUCCGCUUGCGCUUUCGCCAAUAGUCAUGAUCUCCCCCCGUGUUGCAUCGCUGAACUUCGCUGCUGGGUCCGGCGUACGCAGCGGAACGACAGAGAAACAGUGUACAAGACACUCAAGCGCUACUUCCUCUACCUAAAUCCUCACUAUCCAGCCCUGAAUGAAUAUCAGUUUUUCCAAAGUUUCGAGGAAGCAUUUAGUCAGGAUGGAACUAUCCAGCUUAACUUCAAGGCUCUCCAAUACUACGCCCUAGUCAAUAUGCUGCUUGCACUGAUGAAGGUACUGGAAGAUUACUGCACAGAUUCAUCCAUUCAUCCUGGUUGGCAAGAAUUUAGCCGAGCAACCCACCUUCUACAGCAUAUCACCUGGCUGGGCCAAGGGGAUCUCAUGACCCUGAAAAUAUUGCUUGUCGAUACCUUGUAUCUGCUGUAUAUUGGGGAAAACAAUGCUGCAUAUGAUGCCCUGUCACGAACAGUGCGUCUACUUUUCCAGAAUGGCCUCCACGGCGAGGCGGGCUGGCAGAACUGCACACCCUUUGAGACACAUAUGAGACAACGGAUCUUUUGGUCAAUUUAUUGUCUGGAUAAAACCGUUUCUCAAUCAUGUGGAUUACCAUAUCUACUUCGGGAUUCCGAAUGUCGAAUUCGGCUCCCGGCAGCUGUUGAUGAUAAGGACAUAGGGCAUAAUGGUGAGAUACCCAAAGAGAAGCCCCAGAAAUCGGCAAUACCGUAUCAACAUGGCAUCGUCCAAUGGGGCAAGUUAAGUUCAGAAAUCUGGAACGUCCUAUAUAGCAUGGAUGCGGCAUCUUCAAUAAGCCCGGAGUUUAUUGUCACCAUGGACGCCAGGAUUGAGCUGCUGAAACAGGAACUGCCAUCCUAUUUACAGUGGCAAUCCGAAAAUAUACCCUCAACUGGAAUCGGGCUCACGGAGCCUUAUAUCCAUCGACAGGCAGCAAUUCUACGUCUGAGAAUCAAUCACUUGAGACUUUUGCUUCGACGACAAGAGUUGCUAACAUUCGACUUUCGCUUGAGAACGGCGAAAAUAUGUUUGAGUAUUGCCACCGAUACAGUCAACAUGAUUCAUACUACCCACAACUCGCCAAUGCAUCAAGAAUUCGAACGAUACUCUGAUGUUGUCUAUAUUACCGGUGCUAUUGUCCCCUUGGCAAGCAUAGUCAUUUGCAAGACUAUCCCGUCGGGCAAUCUUAAGCAAUCUGCAAAGCACGCCUUCGAGAAAGCCAUCGCAAUUCUCCGGGACAUUGCUCCGGGGCUUACCCUGGCGCGCAACAACCUCAAGAAGUUGGGUCGUAUUAUCAGUGCUGUUGAGAGAACAUCACAACACGUUGUCUCUAACAACUUGGCAGGAAUAGACGCAGACUUUCGGCUUCACACCGGCGAGAAUAAUGAGCUACAACAAGCGACAAAUAACAACAUCUCUUCAGCUGAUCUACCAGAACUACCUCGAGAUCAAUUACCAAUGGCCAUGGAUCAGUUUGGGAAUGACAUUGCCGGCGAGGAAGUGAAUUUUGGUUUCCCUUUCUUGUCGGAACCGACGCCUCUCUCAUUGCGGGAUUUGAUGGGCGACACCGACCUCGUCAACGUUAUGAGCUGGAAUCAAGUAUAA